AGAAAUUAUUUUCAGAAUGAAUCAAGGGGGCGUACGCGCUUGUUGCGCCGUUUGUAAUCUUCAAACGCAUAGAAGGUGUUCUAGAUGUCUUAGUGUUUACUACUGCAAUACGGAACAUCAACGGCAAGACUGGAAAAGGCAUAAAACUGAGUGCACUCCAAAGGUACCAAAACAGGGUACGAAAAAAGAUAAAAUCCAAGAGUGUAAUAAAAGCUUCGAAGACCCGAAGAAAGUGAAAGAAGAAAUUAUUAAAUGUAACGAGGAUAGUAAAAGUAUAAACCUGAUAAACCAGGAGGAUAACGAAACAAGACGUUCAAGAAAGUCAAAGAAAAAAAGUUUGCUAAAAGAAGGUAUUGAUACAAUUAGUGACAAUAAACACUCUGAAGUUAUAGAGCAAGUUGAACUGAGUAGCGAAGCAAAAGAAGCUUGCGAGGCUCAGGACAAUAGUGUAAUAUCUAGUGUAGUGUAUACAGACAAAAAUUUGAGCUCUGGCAGUGCCAUAACUUACGAGGGGUCUUCAGAGCAGGAGAUUCUUAGGGAGUCAGCUCAGCAGCUGAGUGCGGACUUUGUAAUGGCUAGUUCAUCGAAUGUGUUGAGGGCUAUAAACAGGACUGAUAUGAGGGUGCCUUCUUUGGCUGGGUAUACUCAGCAUACUGGGGAUAGUAGAAAAGAGUAUCCAGAAGCGACAUUGCGGGGCAGUGGCGCUCCUUUUAGCAACACACAGAACAGCUACCACAUGGACCCUAGUGAUCCAUGCUUCGAGAUCUGCCAACGUGUAAUCAGGGACAUGACACAGUAUGGUGUUUGUGUUUUAGACAAUUUCCUUGGUAAAGAACGGGGACAAUUGGUGUUGAAUGAAGUACUGGCAAUGUACAAAUCGGGGAUUUUUCAAAAAGGGCAGCUGGUGUCGAAUCCAACGAGCACAGAGGCGCAGACGAUCCGUAGCGACCUCAUCGCGUGGAUCGACGGCAAGGAGUCGCAUUGUUUCCACAUCAGACAGUUGAUCAGUUAUGUCGACAACAUAGUGCUGAAGGCGAACAAGAUGGCCAACAACGGGAAGAUGGGGGACUAUGUUAUCAACGGCCGAACUAUGGCGAUGGUGGCGUGCUACCCAGGAUCUGGUAGCCACUACGUGAAGCACGUGGACAACCCGAACAAGGACGGCCGAUGUAUCACCGCAAUCUACUACCUCAAUACUGACUGGGACAUCGACCGUUCUGGUGGACUACUUAGAGUAUUCCCCGAGGGCACGAAUAAAGUAGCGGACAUCGCACCUAUCUUCGACCGUAUGCUUUUCUUCUGGUCCGACAGGCGGAACCCGCACGAAGUGCAACCCGCCUUCGCUACUAGGUACGCAAUCACGCUAUGGUAUUUCGACGCCCACGAGCGAGCGGAAGCCCGUAGACAAUUCAAAGAACGAGGGCAUCCUCAAACGCCGUCAACUAGCAAGUGAUGUUGGGUGAACACCUCGCGCCGGCCAGGUAUUGCCUUGUAGUAGACUGAUAUUAUAAUUAACAUAUCACACCUUUAUCAAAUAGGCUGGAGCUAAAAUGUAGGCAGAGUGCAGUUAAACUGCGUAUCUGCUGCAAAAGUGCAGUUUCUAUGCAGUUUUCUCGCAACAACAAAAAAUUGCUCACUGUUUGUUUUCCAAACAGUUCCAGGUUCGAUGUAAUUGUGGCCAAAAAGCAAAGAAAUUGUAUUUUUGUUUCCAAAACCAGCUCAUAAAAAGGUGUUUCUGUUAUAUCUAGGAUUUGUCAAUAAUGACGUCAAUAUUAAAAUAUAACACAACAGUCUGCCUUACCUGGUCAUGCGCCUUACCUUAUUUAGGACCCGAUUUUUGUAUGUAAAAUAAAACCGCUAAAAACAAUUGACGAUCCUCACGGUGCCUCGGCCUGCGUUAUGGCAAACGCAAAGUGGCCAUUGCCAUUUCGCGGACGUCUGGCGUCCAAGGGAAUAAGUUACUAACUUUUGUACGUUACGGUAAAUCAUGCAAUACUUAUAAAGCUAUCUUCAAGUGUACUGUAGCAAUGCAGUCACUCCCUUCUGUCUAUCUAGUCAUUGAGAAUCAAUCUUUAAACUUAUAACAUCAAUGUUCUAUAACCUCUUAAACUACCCGAAAAUUUUAACAAACAAUAUUUCAGAUGUACAGCGCUAUUGUUCCUAUUAAAGUUGUUAAUAGUGCCAUAAAUAAAAAAAUAACACUUAUUCCCUUAGACAGACUUGUCAAAAUUAAAACAAGUUUUAUUAGGUUUCAUAAUUGACUUGUUUUUACUUAUUUAGCUAAAUUGAUUUAAUUCAAACUCUAUUUUUAAGCUUUAGGGUUGUAUAUGUGACAUGUGAUGUAAUAUUUUUAAGUGUUUGGAGAAAUAAAUAAAUAAAAUAUGCUAAAUUUGUCAGCACGUUUGGCAGUAUGAUUCUACUAAGUAUGUUUUUAAAUGGGGUAUAACAUUACAUUACAGCAUCUCCGUGGUGCGGCUCAUAUCACAAUAAUUAUGCAGUGUAUCAAAUAGAUGAAAUCGUUAAAAGCCGGAAGCAUCACUUUAAGUUGACUUACAUCGAAAAUUAAUCAUAAUAUACCUUAAGAUUAUGUCAUUAUAGUUGCAAUUCAAUGAUAGUUAUCGUAGCUGCAAAAUAAAGCUGCGACAUGCUUAAGGUUGCCGAGCCGGCACCCUUGGGGAUGCUUCUGCAGCGUUGGGUAUGCUUCGGCACCCUAGGGCAUGCUUCGGCAGACUUGGAGAUGUUUGUGCAGCCUUCGGGAUGCUUCGGCAGCCUUCGGGAUGCUUGGACAGCUUUCCGAAUGCUUGGUCAGCCUUCGGGAUGCUACGGAAUGCCGAGGGCGACUGUGCGUGUACGUGGGGAGAGGAGAGGCAAGACUGAUUCGAAGAGAGUCCAC